CGUCAAGCAGUAUUAACAGUAUCAGAGGGUGGAGAGGAUAAUUUUGACCCACUCGGAUGUUAUCUCAAUGUUAACAGGUAAUGUGUACUACCACAACUUAAAUCAUUACACGUAUGAAAAUCAUGGAAGUAGUUGAUACGCAUUUUCACGUCUGGGAACUGGAGAAGUUUUCCUAUCCAUGGCCUACACCCGAUAUGAAGAAUAUAUAUAAGAACUUUUAUAUUACUGAUUAUGAAAAAGCUAUUGCAAAUACACCGGUGAAGCACGCAAUUUUCGUACAAUGCCUGAACGCAAGCGUCGAAGAGGCCGAAUGGAUGGUAGAAACGGCACAAAAAAACAUGAAACUAUUAAAGGAAUUGUGGCGGGAUUAGAUAUCAUAAGUCCAAAGUUAGAGGAAGUGAUUUCUAAACUUCAGCCAAGCGGCUUAUUAAAGGGCGUGAGACAUCUGUUUAGUUGGGAGGAAAGGGAAGACUGGUUUACCAGGGACGAUGUUGGGGUGGGGCUUGAUAUUCUUGGCAAACAUAACAUACCGUACGAUCUUCAGGCCAGCCCAGAACAUUUGAAAUAUAUUCGAGAUAUUUGUCCAAAGCAUCCUAAUACAAAAUUUAUGAUCGACCAUAUCGCAGUGCCACCACUGAACACCGACAGAAUGGAAUUAUGGACGAGAGAUAUGGCGGAUGUUGCUAAAAUACCAAAUGUAUAUUGUAAAGUAUCAGGGAUUAUUUCGGGACUGACACCUGAUACAUGGAAAACGGUGGAUUUUCAGCCAAUUAUUGAUCACGUGCUUUCUAUAUUUGGACCAGACAGGUGUAUUUACGGAUCCGAUUGGCCAGUUUUCGGAAUGGCGGAAGCAUCGUAUGAUGAAUAUUUUGCUUUAAUGCAAAAACUUGUCUCUAAAUUAAACGAUGAUGACUCGAGAAAAUUCUUCAGGGAAAAUGCAAUAAAGUUCUACAAUAUAGAUGUAUGAAACAUCAGCUGUGAACUGCAGUUUGUGUAGCAAAUCAUGACCUUGUCGCUUUUAAUACAUAUUUCUUUAAUUAUUACGUUUUAAGAUACGUGUAAUUUGAACUUAAUUACUCAUUUAUAUUAAAUAUUUGGAUAGUGCAA